AAGCGAGGAUCUGCUCGCCUUGUUAGGUCUGUUAUAACGCUUCCAGCAGCAGCAGGCGCGUGGACAGCGCGCGAGAGGGGCGGCAGGGAGAGGGGCGAGGGGCGCAGACACCCUCCACUGAGCCAUGGAUGAUCAAAGGCUUUUAAGACUGAUUUCAAUCAAAAGUCAACUCUAGGAACAACAUGCAACAGAAGACAACACUUUCUUGUAAUAACCUAGACCAUUGUUUCCGUUUCGAUGAAGUUAGAACUCAACGAAGUUUCGGAAUCGAGAGAAAUAGCUAUCAAUUUGUUCCGCUGUUGGAUUUAUAGCCUGAACCAGAAUUCUGGAACCAUCCAAGAAGAGUCGAUAAAGUUUACACGCGCACUUUGAUAUUAAUUUGAUGGGAAAUAUGAACACUACAAUAAGAGUACGGAUUUGACAUUCAUGGAAGUUAUGGGGAACUUUUAGAUGAAGAGGAGUAAAGGUGAUAUCAGCGUUUAAAUUUCGUCUUCCAAGUUCUCUGACGGGUAAUUGAUUUAUUAGUCUAAAGUGAUUUGAGCAAAAGUUCAAAGGUAGGGGAAACAUGAGUGGGGGCAGGUUUGAGUUUGAUGAUGGUGGGGCAUACUGUGGAGGAUGGGAGGGGGGCAAAGCGCACGGCCAUGGGAUCUGCACAGGACCUAAGGGGCAAGGGGAAUUCUCGGGCUCCUGGAAUUACGGAUUUGAGGUGGUCGGGAUCUACACCUGGCCGAGUGGAAACACGUUUGAGGGGUACUGGUCUCAGGGAAAGCGCCACGGCUUGGGCAUAGAGACAAAAGGACACUGGGUGUACAAGGGCGAGUGGACACACGGCUUCAAAGGAAGGUAUGGCACGCGCCUCAGCCAGGGAAGUGGCGCCAAGUAUGAAGGUACAUGGAAUAAUGGACUUCAGGAAGGAUAUGGCACGGAGACUUAUGCAGAUGGAGGCACGUUUCAGGGCCAGUUCAUGGGUGGCAUGCGUCAUGGUUAUGGCGUGCGUCAGAGUGUCCCGUAUGGCAUGGCAGCAGUGGUGAAAUCUCCCCUGCGCACGUCACUCACCUCUCUGCGCAGUGAACACAGCAAUGGUACCCUGCUGCAACAGGAACUGCCUGUCAUCACCACCACCAACGCCACGGGCCAGGAGACGCUGGUGACCCCGUCCACCCCUGGGCCGUCCCGCGGCGGCUUCGCGCUCUCUCUGCACGUCGACCCCAACGCUGUGCCGCUCAAGAAGAAGGGCCUGUUCAGCCGCAGCUCACUGCUGGGAAAGCUGAAGAAGUCAGAGUCGCGCACGUCCCUGUCCAGCAACAAGAGCAAGAUCAGCUUCCUGCGCAGCGAGUCGGCCAUGAGCUCUGCCAGCGACGCCAACUCCAUGGCCAGCCUGGGUGACAGCGAGCCGGAGGGCGAGGGCCAGGACUUCCCGCCGCUGGAGGCAGACAUCGACGCCACCACCACCGAGGUGUACAUGGGCGAGUGGAAGAACGACAAGCGCGCGGGCUACGGCAUCAGCGAGCGCUCCAGCGGCCUCAAGUACGAGGGCGAGUGGCUCAACAACCAGCGCCACGGCUACGGCUGCACCUCGUUCGCCGAGGGUGGCAAGGAAGAGGGCAAGUACGUCAACAACAUGCUGGUGAAAGCGGUGAAAAAGCGCGUCAUCCAGCUCAAGGGCACCAAGAUCAAGCAGAAGGUGGAGCGCAGCGUGGAGGGGGCGCAGAGGGCCGCGGCCAUCGCCAAGCAGAAGGGAGAGAUUGCUGCGUCCAGGACCAACCAUGCAAAGUCCAAGGGUGAGGCAGCCGAACAGUCAGCCCAGGCUGCCAAUCAGGAGUCCAGCAUCGCCAGGGUUGUUGCCAGGGACCUGUCCCCAUCCUUCUACCAACCAGGUCCUGAAUACCUAAAGAAGCGUGCGCUGCAAGAGAUUGCAGAGAACAACGAGAAUGCGGACCCCAUGUUACAUGAGCCACAGCUGGCCGAGGACCGUCCACCAACUCCACCAGAGAGUCCAAUGGACCACCUGCGACCGGGCUCUGCCCCUCUCCGCACUCGCACCCCUUCCCCCUGCCCAGCAGAGCUGGCAGCCACCCGCGAGGACCCCAACUUGCUGGGGCCCGGGGCCUGGAAUGGAGAAAAGGCUAAAGCGGGAUCCGGUAGCCGAGGCAGCAGCAGGCAAGGCAGUCGCCCCAACAGCAGACCCACCACCCCUUCCUCUGCUCCGGCCCCUGCCCCAGCGGAGGAGCGCCCUGCCAGCCGUGGCCCCUCCCGUACCCCGAGCCGCCAGAGUAACAAGGCUGAGCAGGGUUCUGACAUGGAGAUUCAACCUCUGCAGAUGAUUGCUACCGAGGCCAAAGCAUCUCCCGCUUCUGCAGCUGCUCCUACCCCUACACCCUCUCCUGUCCCUACGCCCUCCCCCACUCCUGUCCUGACUCCAUCACCCACUCCUGCCGCUGCAGCCCCUACUCCAUCACGGUCCCCUGCUCGCACCCCUAUCCCCGCAGAAGAGGAGGAAGCCCCAGCCCCAGCCUCAGCCCCGCCUUCUCGCCCCGCCUCUAAAGUCUCCCUCAAAGCAGUGACGCCAGAGCCCCGCCCACCCUCUUCAGAGCUCAGGCCAAGACCACCGUCUGUUGCCGAAAGCGAGAACAAGGCGGCCAGAGUCGAGCCCAGGCCAUCGCCCAGACCCUCAUCAAGACGAGAGCCCAGCCCAGCGCCUGAGCCUAAAGUUGUGGCCAGACCUGCAGUGAAAACUCCUGCCAAGCCAGAGCCCAAAGUGGAGGUCCGACAGAGGGUUGUGGUCAAAACCCCCAGUGAGGCAGUCGAGCAGGAAGAGGGCCAGAACACAAUAAUGAUCUGUAUGGUGAUCCUGCUUAACAUUGGACUCGCCAUACUGUUUGUACACAUCCUUUCCUGAAGCCUUGCCAACCCAGGAUUCCCCACCCAUGUGGUGAUGGAGGAACUGGAGGAGCUUGGCCUCCGAUAUUACGCCGGACCAUCGUGAACAUAGACUCUUACCCGAAGCUCAGAGUGGCUGCUGCCCAGGGAUGUGCCUCCUUGCACACGCAGCCCCACACUGAGAUCAACCUGCAGUGGACGCUGCCUCUCUCAUCUGCUGCCACUCGCGGACAGACAGACAGACAGACAGACAGACAUCACAAGACCUAAGCUGCUCAGCCCGCCUGCCACUCAGAGCAGUAACUCCCAGAGGAAGCCCGUCUCCCUCACUGCUCUCACGUGGAGAGAAGAUGUGGCUGCAAAAGAAGUUGUGAAAUCCGUGUUGUUUAUCCUGAUGAGAUGCUGGCUGGUGGGUUUUUGGUAAAGGGCCGUGAGUGUGGAUCAAACAGAGAUCAGGAUCAGGUUCUUCAUAUACAGAAAAUGGACCUCUUUACAGGACAACAACCUGAAAGUCGUCAAACUAGUUCAAUGGUUCUUUGAUUUCUUUGCAUUAAAAUUAGGAAAUAGUCGAAAGGAAAAUUCAUGAAAUAUGUUAUAAAGCCUAAACAAAGGUUACAUCAAAGAAAAAAAUGCCUGUCCUCCAUUGAUUUAAUAUUGUUUUAUGUCACUGGAUUGUUUCUGUUUUCAAGUAAUAUCCAAACAUUAUCUAUCUGUAACUGUGCACAUGUACUAAGCAAAAUGUCUUAAAGAGUUUGCUAAUUUCACUGGUAGGUUGUUCAGAGUGUGAACACAUGUCACACCUGUGAUGGUUUGGUCUGAAACGUUGCACGUGCAUUCUAGAUGCAGUGAGAGUAAACUGGUUAUUCACAGUGGCAGAAAUAGUUUGUUACCCAUAACUUCAGUUGGUCAUGUCGGAAUGCAGUAGUAUUUAUGAACUUAUUGAAUUGUAAAGUGACUUGCUUGCACUUGUCUGACUGUGAGCCAAGGUUAUAUAAGAGGGAUGUGUGUUAAAGCAAAUGGAGGAGAUGAGAGGUGGAUGGUCCUGGCACUCCUUAUGAAACGGCGUCAUUUGAGAUCAUGUGAAAAGGUUGUUUUCGAGUAGAUGCCAUGGUAUGUGUGCCAGUGUGUCUGCUGGUGUAUUUUAAAACAAUCAUACACUGUAGGAGUUUUUAGUUGGCAGAAGAUACUGAUUUUGAUCUCACUGUUCUGUAGAUAGUUUUUAAAAAUCAUGUUUUUGGGGUGGUUAAUCAUAAAAAGAAAUAUGCAACAAGACUGAAACAUUUUAGAAAUAUGAAUUCAUUUGUGUUGUAGGCUGUUGCCAUGUUUUUUUGGCGCCUGGAUCAUUUUACAUUGAAAUGGCUGUGUGUGUUAGAAGCACCUCUGAUGGCUUGUGAAAUCCAUUCAGUGUACUGUCCCAUAUUUCAUAUGUGAGCAUGUUGUACAGAAGGAGUGUUUUCCUGUCUUUUCACGAGAAUGAAACAAGAAUGUGACACGGAUAUGCUUGACUGUAUUAGUUGAACACAAUAAUCAGUGACUUUAUGCAGAAUGUCCCCUAGAGUUCCACAAGAUUUCAUUUAAAAGAAAUGUACUCUGAUAGAACUUAGGACUUAUUGUACCAAAAGUAGUAUGUCACAGACAUAGACACAAAACAUACACAAACAAACACACACACACAUGUACACAGGGCUCACUACAAAUCUCCCUAUGGUUUAUUAAGUCUGCCUCAAGUCAGCUUGAAGGUUAUUUCUGUUUGUGCGUCAGCAAAACUUUAUGUUACAGGUGUGAGUGUUCACUCAGACCAUGUUAUUUCACAUUUCUGUUAACUGCCCUGUUAAUAUGUAUUUAUAAACAUAUGGUUUACUUAUAUGUUUAAUGUGCUGGCACCAUCCCAGUUCAGAGAUAUUUUAUUUGUUUAGCUAAUUAUUUUAUUCUCUUGUAGCCCUGUGGUCACAAUGUUGUUAAAAAGGCCCCAACUUGCAGGUUGGAUAUGAUUGAGGCCCUCACUCAAGUCUGUCACCCACAUAUUUAUUGCUGAAUAUGCUUUGCAUUGGUCAAAUUGAAAUAAAACAAUUUUUCAGUUCAA